CGCGUCGGCUGCCGUGGCUGUGGUGGCACGGCUUCCUCGCAUGGAAUCGUCGCACGGCGGCCGGCCAUCUCAACACGCCAAGAACCUGCAUUUCCUCUCGACUUAUCCCGCGCCCCCGAUCUUUUCGCCGAUCUAUUCGUGUAAAUACAACUUUUCCCCCUAAAAUCUGGGCGUCGCUUUCUAAUCAACUGAUUUGAUCGGAGUUCUUGGACAAUCCUAAACCAUCCCAAAUUCGAAAGUUUCUGCCAAGUUAAAGUUCGAUUUUUUUUUUCCUCCUAUUUAAGCUUCGGGGAAUAGCCAACCAUCCAAGGUACGAUUUCAUUGUCACUUUCCCUCAUCUCUACAAUGCCGCCGACCCUAGCUUUUACGGAGGCGGUUGCCAGGUUCCUAUCAUGUAAAGCUCGAUCUUUACAACACGGAGCUGGGAUUUUCCGAUCGGCGGGACGACCUAGCGGCCCGGAUAGCAGGUUGGGGCGAUUCGAUCAGGCGCGAUGUCUGGCUACCUUGGCUCGUUCCGGAAACCCUUGCGUCGGUAGUUCCGCCGACGGCGUCCACGUUCUGCCGAUUGGUACUUCCCGUGGUUUCGCUCAAACUCGACAGUUUCUCGGAUUUUUUUUCGGAGAAGAUUGUCCUGCUCUUUCAAAGGUCUACAAGGAGCGACGGACCAUUGGGUACUCUCCUGAACAGUUGUUUAAUGUGGUUUCAGCAGUCGAUAUGUAUGAGGAGUUCUUGCCAUGGUGCCAGCGGUCUAAGAUUGUCAAGCGGAAUAGCGAUCGAUCAUUUGAUGCUGAGCUUCAGAUUGGUUUUAAGUCCUUUCUUGAAAGUUAUCUUUCUCAUGUGGAAAUUGACAAGCCAAAACGUAUCAAGACCACUGCUUCAAAAAAUGGACUUUUUGAACACUUAAUUAACAUUUGGGAAUUCACUCCUGGUUCAGUUCCUGGAAGUUGUGAACUUUACUUCUUGGUGGAUUUCAAGUUUCAUUCACCACUAUAUCGACAGGUUGUAUCAAUGUUCUUUCAGGAAGUGGCCCCUCGUCUACUUUCAUCUUUUGAAGAUCGCUGCAGCAGAAUCUAUGGUCCUCCUGUCCCAGUUCUUGAAACCUCUUACAGACAAAACAUAUAAAAUUUGAGUAAUCUCUCAAGCAGAAGUUGAUAGUUGAUUCCAACAUCUUGACUAGCAAAUUUCCUCGGAGACAAACUGAUAUUAGAGUUUAGUGUUCCAACUGUGCAACUUUUUUGAUGAGGUUAACUUGUAGAAGCACCUUUCACCACAUUUUUUUCAUUUGUUCAUUUCCUUCUCGGGCUCCCUCUGGAAAAUUCUCCAAAGAUUGUUUGGAGAGUUACCAAAAGCUUGAAUUAUCAUGUAGAUAGUUUCAUCAGAGUUAUGCAAACAUCAAAAA